AUGAGCCUUCAAACGGUUAGGUCUCCGUUUCUCCUGAACGAUUACACUGCGCUAUCCGUGCACCAGGAGCAAACCCCCAACAGCUUUUACGAUGGCAAGCCGGUGCUCCAUUACCAUGCGACCGGCGCAAAGGCCUGGAUCCCCAAGUCGCAGCGGGGCAAGCUGCCCUUCUUCCCAGCCGACCUCUCCUCCGAACCAACACCGCCUGAGAACAGCGCCCUGAACGGUCAGACCGAAGAGAGCGUCGAGCAAAAGGUCGACAUCUUCGUGAACUCACAGUAUGCGCCGCCACCCCACCCCCCAUCCCCCCACCCCUCCACUAACCACGCUCCUCCCCCCAGGAACCUCUCCAUCUUCUGCCCCUCCGCCGAAUCCGGCGUCUCCAUCCCCUACCAACAAAUUAGCAUCCACGCGGUCAAGACCCUGCAGGACAGCAACCAAACCGCGCACCCGGCCGUCUACCUGCAGCUCGAACUCGCCGAGGGCGGCGCGGGCGACGACGACUUCGACACCCUCGAGCUGACGCUCAUCCCGCAACCCAGAGAUACCACCACCACCCCCGCCACCCCUGACGCGAGCACCACCACCACAACCCCGCCCAAGGCCGAAACCACGCUGCUCUUCGAGGCCAUCUCGGAGUGUUCCAACCUGAACCCGGACCCGGUGCAGGACGGGGAUGAUGAGGAUAGCGACGAGGACGGGGGCGCGCAGAUCCUGUUUGAGGGGGAUUAUGAGGCGGUCGAGGGGUUUAGUGGCGUGUUUGCGGGUGCGAGGGAUGGCGGGCUGCCGCCGGCGAUGCCGGGGAGUGGGGGGUGGAUUACGGCGGAGAAUGUGCAUGAGUAUUUUGAUGAGGAGGGGAAUUGGAUUGGGGGGGAGGAGGGGGUGAGUGGUGAGCUUGGGGAGGGGGCGGGGGUGGUGCAUGGGAGAGAGGAGGAUGAGGAGGGCGCUGCUGGGGAUGGUGCUGAGGCGGCGGUGGAGGGGGAGGCGAAGAGGACAAGGAGGGAGGGUGUCGCCCUACCCGUCACCGGUUCGUCCCGUCUGAUCGCUGCUUGCACCCGCGACAUGCUUCCCUCAUCCGGAAAUGUCCUGCCGUAUGACAACGCCGUGCGGCUGGCCUUCCGGUGGAAUGCAAAGAGGCUCAAGGCGGCCUUGUUCUCGCGCUCCAGCGAGCGUUGGGUGUAUGCGCACCCCGAGCACCCUGUCGACCUGGGCCAGGAUCUGGUGGUGAUCGUCAAGACGGGGUAUGGCACGCGGGAGCGGGUGCCGGCCUGGCUUGACGCGCUGAGCGACGCGAACGAGUUUAGAGACAUUCUCGUCAUCGCUGACUCGGAGGGCCACAUUGACUUUAAGGACAAAUAUCACGAUAAGGGGUUGCAUGUUCACGAUGCUGUGGGCCACUCCUUACGGCUUCACUUGCGCCGUUAUGAGGAUCAUCCGAGGGUUGCAAAGUACAAGCAGUUGACUGAGGCAAUCUUUAAUAAUAAUGAGGCACUGGCACAAAAUCACUGCCGGGCCUUUGGGUGGGAACUGGAUGCGAUGAAGUUCAUCUCGGGCUUGGAAAUGACCUACCAGAAGUACCCGCACAAGCGAUGGUACCUGCUCGUCGACGACGACACCUUCAUCAUCCAGCCCUCGCUCAAACCACUCCUCGAACACCUCAACCCCGAGCAGCCCCAUUACCUCGGCAACGCCGUGGGCGAUUUCAAGGCUCGCUUCGCGCACGGAGGAUCUGCCGUCAUCCUCUCGCACGCGGCCAUGCGGAUGCUGAUCGAGAACCAGCGGGCCCUCGCGUCCAUCUACGUCGACUCGCUCGACGAGACCUGGGGCGACCGGCUGCUGGCCAAGGCGCUGCUGAAGCUGGGCAUCCACCUCGACGAGGCGUACAGCCACCUGUUCAACGGCGAGCCGCCGCUGCUCAGCAAGAUCCGCGCCGACCGGCUCUGCUCGCCCCUCAUCUCCUUUCACAAGCUGCCGACCCCUGCGGCUAUGCGCGAGGUUGGCGAGUAUUUCCGCAACGUCAGCAAGCCCGUCAUGUGGAACGACCUGUGGGAGAUUUACGGCAAGACGCCGCCGUGGAGGCAGACGGAUGGGGCUUUCCACCAUAAUUGGGAUUAUGUGGGGGAGCCCGAUGAGUCCACACUUGCGAUUUCGAGGGUCAAGACGGCCGAGGCGUGCGAGAAGCAGCUCAACCGCAGGUCUCGGAGUUCUCUGGCCUGGUCAUGGGACCCUCAAACGGAGACUUGCUAUAUAAGCCAUUGGAUGAUUCUUGGCCGGGCAGCGCCUGGGCAUGUUUCUGCUGUUAAUGCCCCGCGGGCGAGAUCUCUGGAGACCACUUGCAUCCAGUACUGA